AUGUCCUUUGGCGGAAAGUGGAUUUAUGAUGAAAAAAAUGACAAAUUUGAGUUUAUCCAGUAUCCAAAACUCAAAGAAAAUGAAGAAGAAGCACGUUUGAGACCAAAAACGCCAUUUAUUGAAACAAUUGAGUUCAUGCUUUAUCGUAAAGACCUAAUUUUAGAGUCUCAUGGCAUGAUCAAGAACGUUAAAAGUAACGAAACUGAAGUAAAAGUCUCAGAAAUGCUUUCCCAUAAAAGAGUUUUGUUAGCAAGAGAGUUCAGUAAAAUAAUUUUGGGAGAAGUGAAGGUUUCAAAAUACUUCAGGAACACGAAUAAAAAUGGAUUGACGUCUUAUGAGGCAUUUUUGAGAUUUUGUACCCUUUUUGUCUUUAUUGCGUUGCAUCGAAGAGCUUUAAAUUCGAUUCAAUACGAAAUGGAUCGCCUUUUCCGUUCAUCCCAUUUCACAAAAUUCCCAAAUGCUGAUGACAUGCCUCGUUAUUCGCAACGCGAGAAGCAAGUUUUAUACGGAAUCAACAGUCCAAAAGAACGCUGUUAUUAUUUCGCAAAUUCUCCUUUGAUCCAAGAAAUCAUCAAAAUAAAUCGUGACAACAAAGAACUUUUAUGGAUUGGCGACUUGAAGUAUCUUGGUCCGAGCGAAUAUCUUUGGCAGCUUGAAAAACCUUACAUUACAUCAACAACUCAACUAUUUCUCGCAAACACAAACAUCGGAGUUUUUGGUCAUCCAAAAUCUUUAUAUGAUGAACAUUUGAAUGCUGAUGCCCGAAAAAUACGAAGAGAAAAAUUCGAUGAAAAAUUCGACACUUACGGGCUUGUGAGACGAGCUAAAAUUGAAAUUCCUCAGAAAAUGUCACUUCAAGGAAAUCCAAAAUCAAUAACUGGAAUGAAAAUUCGUCAAAAGCAAAAAUUUACGUAA